AUGUCUGAUGAGAUCAUUUGGCAGGUUAUAAAUCAGCACUUUUGUGCCUACAAGCUGAAAACCGAUAAGGGCCAAAACUUCUGCAGAAAUGAAUACAACGUCACUGGACUUUGCUCCAGACAGGCGUGCCCGUUGGCAAACGCCAAGUACGCAACGGUGAAAAAUGUGGAUGGCAGAUUAUACCUCUACAUGAAAACCGCGGAAAGAGCACACACGCCGGCCAAGCUAUGGGAGAGAAUAAGGCUGUCGAAAAACUAUGCGAAAGCUUUAAAACAAGUGGACGACCACCUGCUGUAUUGGAAUAAGUUUUUAAUCCACAAAUGUAAACAAAGACUGACCCGCCUGACGCAAGUAGCGGUCACGGAAAGACGUAUGGAGCUCAGAGAAGAGGAAAGACACUACGUGGGAGUCGCUCCCAAAGUGAAGAGAAGAGAGGAGAACCGCGAACGUAAGGCGUUGGCAGCGGCCAAGAUCGAGAAAGCCAUCGAGAAGGAGCUGCUUGAGAGACUCAAGAGUGGUGCAUAUGGCGACAAACCUCUGAAUGUGGAUGAGAAAAUCUGGAAAAAGGUGUUGGGCCAUGUCGAAGACGACCAGGAAGAGGAAGAGGACGAAUACGAGGACGAGGAAGAGGAUAGUGACGCCGAGAUCGAAUAUGUGGAGGAUGACGGAGACGACGAGGAGCUGGUGGACGUGGAAGACCUUGAAAGAUGGCUUGAUGAUCCAAACGCGUCUCAAGACAGCGACGCCGAAGACUCAGAGGCGGACAGUAGCGACGAAUCUGACGACGACGAAGAGGGCAAGACUCAGAAACAGAAGAGACUCGCUGCUGCGCGUAAAAAGCGCCCUAGAGUCGAAAUUGAGUACGAAGAAGAAACUCAACCGGCUCAACGUGAAUUGGCACAGUAG